AAGAAUGAUGGCUCUUGAAAUUGGGAUUUAACAUACAACACCUUUCAAAAAACGCUCGCCAAAUCAGAGUUACAAAGCCAUGGCGGAAGACAUUCCAAGUCUUGUCGACUCAAUCAAAGGAUUGCGGCUCGCUCAUGGGACGACCGUGUUGCCUUGCGCAGAUUCUGAUCGCGCGAGCUCACAUCAGAUAAUCCUCGUCGACGCACUGCGAGCCCUCAUACAAUCUGCCGAAGCUACCAACACACAUGCACGAGAAGUCUUGCCCUUGGCCAAAGCCAGUCCUACUUUGAGUAGCCAAGACAUCGCGCAACUAAGCUCUCUAAGAACAAGAGCCAACGCUCUUGCAAGCAUCACAAAGACGUUCAGCGAUGCCUGCGAACGCUUUUUUGUAGCUUCUAUUACGUCCCUUGCAGUUCAGGAAACAUUGGCGCGAAAGAUGCUGUCGCACUUCGAUGAUAAGGUCAAGAGCAUUGCUCGCGAUGUUCUCAAUAGCGCCGGCGAUGACACCAACGUUCUACGGGAGAUUUUGGAGAUGUGCUACAGCCAAUCCCUCCAUACCUCUGGUACCCUGCACUCCGACAACUAUUUCAUUCCCUUGGGCGAAGCUAGUCUCGAGUGGCCCUAUGACCCCGAUUUCGAGAGCGAACAAUACUACGAACAUGAAGAUCGUGCGGCCGACGAUGGCUAUGCUGCAGCCUUUCGUUUACGAUGUGAGCGUAAAUCCGAGAGUGAGAGAAAACAACGAGAAGAAUGGAUUAGGUUCUGGGUUUCGGCGCUCGGUAACUGUCCUGAUGGGCCCACAUUAUUCUAUCCAGCAGCAGGUCAAUGCCGGCUUGCAGAUGUCCCGCGGUACUUAUUCCGGGCGUUCGAUGAUGCAAGCUUAGGCAGGAGCAACAAAAAUGUCGUAGCUUCUAUGGAGAGUAUUUCCACGGAAUCGCUGGGCAGCAAACGCGAUCUCCUCUCAAGGCCAAGGGAGAGAGCAACACGAAUGCUGCAUAAGCAUCUGACUAAUUCAUGUUUCGGGGGGGAAGACACUGACAACCUAAUGUCGUGGAGUAGUUCUCUACUUUUUGUACUUCAAUACGCGAUCUGGAGACGCCGGCAUUUCAACUCUGACCCUUCUGAUGUCAAAAUUUGCAUGGUCGACACGAGGAAGUUUCCUCAUGGGCAGUUCGCUCGAGACAAAUCACUGCUUCGGGAGUACAGCAAGGCCCCAAAGCUCGACGAAGAGAUAAAGGGGUUUUUCGAUUUUCGUCUCGGGAAACCGGAUUAUGACAAUGGAGAGUAUAUUUCGCAGGGAAUCUUGCAUCAUACUGGGCGGUCUAGCGUCGUAUCCUUGGCACAACUCACCGGGGCUGGGCUGCACGAUCUUUAUCCAGAAUUCGCGAAUCUCGAGGCUAUGAAGUUAUGGACGAACCGUGUGAAGGAACUUCGUUCGAUAUGGUCCUCCGAGCAUACAACAACCCAAUCCGAGAUACGAAUAGCCUCUGAGAUAGGCAGAGUAUGCUUCCAUGGGGGGAAUGUUCCUGAGGGAGCGUUGCUGCUAUUGUCAUUCAAAAACCGCAAGCUUCGGGCCACAACAACAACAACAGCAGAAGUGCAAGAUCAUCGAACGGAGCUUGAUGAGCUCGGGCCGACCGAGGUCCAGCGAUAUGUGAAGAUCGCUAGAACAAUGAAGCUGAAGGCACAAGGCGAUAGCGGUGCUUUAGGUUGGCUGGCAUCCAAUGAUACGUCGCUCUUAGAAAUGGUCUUUGAAUGCACCUGAAUGCGAUAUAUUGAGCAAGUUGCGCACAUAGUAUAUAGUAUGCAUAUUGUUUUAAUGAAAAUGGCACUCUUAGAAAAGGGAAUAAUUGGGAAAUUUAAUCACGGUACGAGAGGAAACGAUGUUCGGACCUGAAGGGGAAGGUACGGCAGGAUAUACAGCAACGUCAGUAUAAGUGGAAUUCAGAAAC